AGGGAGAGAGAGAGAGAGAGAGAGAGGCAGAGGGAGAGCUGAGGAAAGAAAAAAAGGCAAGACUUGGCACAGCUCAGUCAAAUCAGCUUCUUUUGUCUGCUUUCUCGGCUUGAGCUUCAGGAAAGAAAACCGUCCUGGGGUACAGAAAAACUCAGAACUUUUUGGUUUUCAAACUUAGAAGGCUUUUUAAGUCUCUUGGGCUAUUUGAAAGUGUUGGUACAUAUAAUGACGUUUAGUCACCAGUAUUAAGGGAAAUAAAAGCCUUUUUCAAAACGAAGCUUCCACAGUGUCCAUGCAUUUGGGAAAUCCUGUACUUGAUUUUUUUGCAUGUAUGAUUAUACCACGAGAGACAGGAUUAAUAUAGAAGAUGGCAAGGCAAAUUUCUAUUUAGAGAGGAUGUUAAUUUUCUACAAAAUAAAAGUUGGUUCAACAAUACAAACCUGCUUUCAAAUCAAAUCAGACAUCCUUCGGAAUGUGUUCAGAACCAAUGAGUGACAACACUGAAGACCAGAAAGGCAAGCUGAAGACACCAGACUUCGCUUGAAGGGCAAACAAGAAAUCCAAACACCAUGUCAAUGGCAACAGAACAGUCGAACCUUUCCCAGAGGGAACACAGAUGGCUGUAUUUGGAAUGGGCUGUUUCUGGGGAGCUGAGAGGAAGUUCUGGACCCUGAAAGGAGUAUAUUCAACUCAAGUUGGUUAUGCAGGAGGCUACACUUCUAAUCCUACUUACAAAGAAGUCUGCUCAGAAAAAACUGGCCACGCAGAAGUAGUUCGAGUGGUGUACCAGCCAGAACGCAUCAGCUUUGAGGAACUGCUCAAGGUCUUCUGGGAGAAUCAUGACCCGACCCAAGGCAUGCGCCAAGGCAACGACUACGGCUCUCAGUACCGCUCAGCCAUAUAUCCGACCUCUACCGCGCACAUGGAGACGGCCCUGCGGUCCAAAGAAGACUACCAGAAGGUCCUGUCAGAGCACAGCUAUGGCCAGAUCACGACGGACAUCCGGGAGGGACAAACUUUCUACUACGCGGAGGAUUACCACCAGCAGUACCUGAGCAAGAACCCCGACGGGUACUGCGGCCUUGGGGGCACCGGCGUGUCCUGUCCGCUGGGUAUUAAAAAGUAAUUUCUUCCCACGUGGUGGGCCCUUCAGGUUGAAAGCAAAAACGCUUUCAACAAGUUGGGCAAUUCUUCUGUGGCUUUCGUCAAUGGCUUUUUGAAGUGCACAAAGCACAAAGGCGUUGGCCAAAAUCUGAUUUCUUGAGGUAUAAUUUACGUGAAGCGCCAUGGUGAGUUGAUAACAUGUAAUUUGUCUUCUAAUAAGUUGUGGUGGGAAUAGAGCUGUGACAUUUUUUGGAUCGUUUGGGGUCUGUCUGAAUGAGGAUAGUGCAUAUGGUGUGUUCACCCUUCUUGUGCUGGGGUGCCUGCAAUGGAGCUAGGGAGGGAAACAGGGGACUACCAGGCAGGCUGGAGCAUGCUCGAAAUUUUUUACCUGAGCCCUGUCCCACCGCACAUGCCCUUUACCCUCCAGUGCCUUAAAAUUUGCAAACAGUUAUAGCCUCAAUAAAGCCCUCACUGCACUGCUUA